CACACACACUCAGACAUACUGCAAACUCUCAACAGGAAACUCUGAGCCAUAAUGCGAAGGCACCUCAGAGCAGACGGGUGCAUUGCUCAAUCCAAGUGGGAAACGGUGCGGCUUUGAUAGUGCGUUAAUUACUCAUGUGAUGUGAUACAGAUGUCUGGGGGCUUCAGCCGAAAGUUUGCCUGACAGUUUCCAAGGGGGCCAGGCAGACAUUUUAGAAGCGUGAUAUAUUCGGACAGUAUUUCAAUCAGUGAAAUCAAAGCACCAGAAGCGUUCCAUAAUGGGCACCCCAGUUGUGCAUAUGCUGGUGCUAAUGGCCUGUAUAGCAGCCAGAGGAAUGUGCCAGAUAAACAGGCCCGAGGAGGACUCUCUCUCAGGCUCACUCAUCCACUCCACCCUCCAGUCUCCGGGUUUCUACAGCACCGUCAGUCCGAGCACAGGGUCCGACCUCCACCUGGGGCCCUCGGGCGCAGAUGCACAAGCUGUGGUAUCUGGUUCUGCAAAUGAAACUGUCAUAAAGAGGCCAGUACCACCUCCAAUGUGCCUCAAAGCUACAUCUAUUAAGGAGUAUUUUAAGUACAUCAACACCACGAUUUCCAUCAUCGUGUUUGCUGUCGGCCUGGUCGGAAAUGCCACCCUGCUGAGGAUUAUAUACCGGAAUAAGUGCAUGAGGAAUGGGCCCAAUGCACUGAUUGCUAGCCUGGCCCUGGGUGACCUUAUCUACAUUUUCAUUGAUAUACCAAUUACUGUGUACAAGCUCCUGGCGUCACGCUGGCCAUUUAACGAUAGUAUUGUUGGCCUGUGUCUAUGUAAGCUGGUGCCCUUCCUGCAGAAAGCCUCUUUGGGCAUCACUGUUCUCAACCUGUGCGCCCUCAGCUUGGACAGGUACAGGGCUGUGGCAUCCUGGAGCAGAGUGCAGGGAGUGGGCAUUCCUCUGUUUACAGUCAUUGAGAUUUUGUCUAUUUGGGUGAUGUCACUCUUCCUGGCAGUACCUGAGGCUAUUGGCUUCGACAUGGUCACCUUCAACUACAGGAAUGAAACCAUACGCACUUGCAUGAUGUACCCCAAAUCUGACUUCAUGAAAUUCUACAAGGAAGCAAAGGACUGGUGGCUGUUUGGCUUCUACUUUUGCGUACCACUGGUCUUCACCUGUUUCUUUUACGCUCUGAUGACCUUUGAGAUGCUCAACCACAGGAACGGCAGCCUUCGGAUAGCUCUCAGUGAGCACCUCAAACAGAGGAGGGAGGUGGCCAAAGCUGUCUUCUGCCUUGUCCUCAUCUUUGCUCUGUGCUGGUUUCCACUGCACCUCAGCAGGAUCCUGAAGAAGAUGCUUUACCAGCAGGAUGAUAAAAUGCGCUGUGAGCUGCUCAGUUUCCUGUUGGUCCUGGAUUACCUUGGUAUUAACCUUGCAACAGUCAACUCCUGCAUAAACCCCAUUAUCCUCUACUUUGUCAGCAAGAAGUUCAAAAACUGCUUCAAGUCCUGUUUGUGCUGCUGGUGCUACUCUGACAAACAAUUGAGCAGCAUCGGACCCAUGAAUGGCACCAGUAUCCAGUGUAAAACCCCUGAGCCCAACAACCUAUAUACUGACCGCAGCAUCAGGAAAGACAGCAACUGAUCACUCACUUGAGGGCUAUUUCCAAGCUUUUCAAUAUCCCCGGCAAGCUUUUAAAAUGCAACCAAUGCUCACCCUAAAAUACAGCACAUCCAAAAGUACUCUUUCAGACACAAAACAUACAUCCUUAGGACCACUAAAGCAACAUGCAGGGACGUUUUAGGAACUGGAGUUAAAAAGGAUUUGAUGUACAUUGCCCUGAAGUUGCCUAAGUCUCUCAGCAGGCUAAACUUCCUCCUUGUAUUCCCACACCCACGGAGAGUGAUGCAUUAGUGUGAGAGAAGAAGAGGAUGACUCUUAAACAGGAUGGACUUGAAAGACAGCUAUAAAUUUUAUUUUUUAUAUAAUUUUUUUGGUAUGAAGCUACAAAAUACAGGACUUAACCACAUGUUCAUUACUGCAAAACCAUGAGGACACACGACACACACUGAAAAAAAUGUUUCAUUGAAUUUACUCAAUUUUAAUGUUGAAAGUGGUUGCACGCAAUAUAUUCAUCUAAAUCUAGACAUAUUUUUUAAGUUGGCUGUACUAGUAAUUUCAAA